AAACGUAUUAGUAAAAAUCUCGAUAAUAUAAAAUGAAAGGGUUUGAUAUUCCCUCGAUUACUGUUGCCGAUUUUUGAGGCACUUGCCCAAACAGCUACCACUCGUUCAAUCGGGUUAGAAUUCUUAUUCAUUCCCCAAUUAAUCGGUGGAUUACACAAUAUUUCAAUUUCUCGACCGCCCCAAAAGCAAACCAUCUGAUUAUAAUUCUUCUAACUGUUUCGAUUCCAUUUCUCAGCUGGGUUCGCUGUUAAGACCUUUUCAGAUAAUGGAAGUAUAGUUCGUAUCGACUGUUUGUUGGACUAACUAUGAAUCAAGGUGUGGUAUCAGCAUCAUGUCCUCCAUAUAUUACCAUACCCCACUACCACCAUAAAAACUUCAAGACGUUCAAGUCCUCAAAGGUGCCCAAUGCAUUGACUCUCCGCUCACGUUUUAUUCAUUCUAGACGUCCUCCAAUUUGUUGCACACAGACGAAUCCUUGGGAACCUGCACCGGUCACAUUUGCUCCCAACAAUGAAGAGGAUGAGACCUUCUUGAAGAAAACCGACAAUAUUUUUGAAAGUCUAAAUGCUGAUAGAACAACUGAAGUUUCGGAAGUAGAGACUAAAGAACUAUUGGAGGCAACUAAUCAACCAGAGGUGGUGCAUUUGCAGAUUUUCAAAUGGCCAAUGUGGUUUUUGGGGCCUUCUCUUCUCUUAACAACAGGGAUGGCCCCAACAUUGUGGCUUCCUAUGUCAUCUGUAUUUCUCGGUCCCAAUGUAGCCAGCCUCCUCUCUUUGAUUGGACUCGACUGCAUCUAUAACCUUGGUGCUAUGCUUUUUCUUCUCAUGGCUGAUGCUUGUGCACGGCCUAAACAACCAAUAAAACCCAUGAGCAGUGAGGCACCUUUCAGUUACCAAUUCUGGAACAUGCUUGCUAAUGUGUUUGGAUUUAUGAUCCCUUUAGUGAUGUUUUAUGGAUCUGAAAGUGGGUUGAUUCAACCCCAUCUGCCUUUCAUCUCCUUGGCAGUUCUAUUGGGUCCCUAUAUUCUGCUCCUUUCAGUACAGAUUUUGACCGAAAUGCUGAUAUGGCACUGGCGAUCCCCUGUCUGGCUGGUUACUCCAAUUGUAUACGAGGGUUAUCGAGUUUUGCAGCUGAUGAGAGGGUUGAAACUUGGGGCUGAGCUCAGUGCACCGGCCUGGAUGAUGCACACAAUGAGAGGAUUGGUUUGCUGGUGGGUGCUCAUACUUGGUAUUCAGCUCAUGAGAGUAGCUUGGUUUGCUGGUAUUGCUGCCUCUCUAUCUCAUAAGCAGGAAAUUGUCGCUGAUACCGCCAAUCAUCACGUAAAGGUGAAUUUAGGAUGACUUUUGAGAGAAAAAGAAGUGUUUUUAAGCAAACACAUUACUUCUAGAAGAAGCACAACCAAGUGCUUUACUUAAUACUACUAAAACCAAGUCUAGUGUUCUUAAAACUCCAAAUGAUUCCAAACCUAUCCUUAAUAAAUAGGAUAUACUUCUAUUUUGAUAUGAGAUUUGUACAGAAUUAAAGGUCUCUCAAGGACGUGCCUCAAAUAAGUUUAGAAAUAGGCAUAGUACUAGAUAAAAACUAGGGGACAUAGUUGUUGUAUGUUGCCUGUUCUUAUUACUCACAGAAUCAGUAGUUUAUGUGUAUAAAAGACUGUAAUCUUUAAAAAGAACAUGAUAUUCUGUUGUUUGUUAGUUUGAUAUAAAUGCCUCGCAGAAUUAAUUGGAGCA